AUGCGCAGUGCAAGCGUCGUCCUCGCCGCGGCUAUCGCGUCGGCGCUUGGCGCCAACCCGGUCAUCUACGAGAUCUCGACGCGCCCAUGGCUCUACGAGCUCUCGCUCAAGUACAACCGCCCCAUGUCGCUCCAUGAUCCGUCUGCGCUCGCGCUCAUCCAGAAGGAGCUGUUGGCGCUCAAGGCCACGUACAACCCCGACUACAUCUGGAUGAUGGGGGUGUGGCAGCUCGGUGCGUACGGUCUGAACCUCGACCAGACCACAAAGAACGACGAGUUCAAUUCGAUUCUGCCGGGUUGGACCAAGGAUGACGUGAUCGGGUCGCCGUACGCGGUCGCCAACUACACGUGCAACCCGUCGAUUGGCUCGGACGACGACCUCCGCGCGCUCAAGUCAUUUUUGAAUGCCAACAAGAUGAAGCUCAUGCUCGACUUUGUACCCAACCACGUCGCGGUGGACCACCCGUGGGCGUGCUCGCAGCCCGAGUUCCUCCUCCCGCUCGACCAGGCCGACCUCGGGUCGCGCUCGUGCGCCAAGGGCCCGACUGUCCGUCCGCCGUGCAGCAGCCGGUCGUUCUACACGGGCGGCGACUACUGGAACUCGGGGUGGGUCGACACCGUCCAGCUCAACUACUGGAGCCCGGCGCUCCGGUCGGCGCAGAUCGAGACGCUGUCGCACAUUGCGAGUUUGGCCGACGGCAUUCGCUGCGACAUGGCCAUGUCGGUCCUUAACCGCGAGAUCGAACUCGCUUGGGUCAACGACAACCGCAACGGCAACAGCUGCUCGACGGGGUCGCAAGGGCGCAUGCCGACGAAAUUUGCGGCAUCGCCGCCAAAGACCGAAUUUUGGGCCGACGCGAUCCCGGUGCUCAAAGCCAAGUACCCGAGUCUCUUUUUGAUGGCUGAGAACUACAACUAUGGCUUUACGCCGACGCCGGAAGACCUGUACCUCCAAUCACUCGGCUUUGACGUGACGUACGACAUGGACGCGCUCAAGACAAUCGAUGCGAUGCCGAUCGGGUCGGGCAAGGCCAGCUUUGUCGACCUCGUGCGCGCCAGCAGCGCCAAGUACGCCAAGUCCGUCCACUUUGUCGAAAACCACGACGACAACCGCGCGGCCGGCACGCUCUUCAACUACAAGGCGUCGGCGGCGCGGGCGGCGGCGCUCGCCGUCACGUCGCUCCCCGGCACCAAACUCUUUUUCCACGGGCAGUUUGACUGCAACCCGAACCGCCUAUCGGUGCAGCUUCGGCGCGGCGUCUCGUUCAAGCCCGACGCGUACUGCCAAACGUGGUAUGCUGAUCUGCUGCAGACGCUCACGGACGACGUGCACACGCGCGGGAAUUGGCUCGGCAUCGACUCGGCGCCGUUCUCGACUUCCGACGGCAGCGAUGUCAUCUCGUACAAGUGGCAGUACAACUGCACCGAGCGCCUCGUGGUCGCCAACUACCGCGACGCGUGGAGCAACGUGCGCAUUCCACUCUCGUUCCCCAAGAUUACCAACAAGAACACGCUUGUGACCAUCUCUGAGCGCCUCCUUGGUGCGGGCCUGACGUCCAAGCGCUCGUGGACGCUGCCAGUCAAGGACCUCGAGACCAGCGGUCUCUCGGUGAUCCUGAGCAACUUUGACAGCCAAGUUUUCGACUACUCGAUCUGCCCACCGUCGGCGCCGACGGCUGCUCCCGUGACGACGACGGCUCCUGCGACGACGACGGCCCCUGUCUCGACACCCGCAGCGUGCACGAGCCCUGUGACUGAGAUCCGCAACCGCACUGCGGCGGCGUGGAAGGAGCGCUCGGUCUAUCAGAUUUUGACCGAUCGCUUCGCGGGUCCGUCGUCGGGUGCGUGCAAGGACCUCUCGACGUACUGCGGCGGCACCUUCAACGGCAUCAAGAGCAACCUCCAGUACAUCCGCGGCAUGGGCUUUGACGCGAUCUGGAUCAGCCCCGUCGUCGACAACAGCCCUGGCGGCUACCACGGCUACUGGGCGCGCAACUGGGACAAGAUCAACGCUAACUUCGGCACGCCAGAGGAGCUCAAGGCACUUGUGGACGCGGCCCACGCGCUCGACAUGUGGAUCAUGGUCGACGUCGUCGCCAACCACGUGGCACCAGUCGGCAACGACUUUAGCUCGAUCGUGCCGUUCAACAACCCGUCGCACUACCACCCGUCGUGCGAGAUCACAGACUGGAGCAACCAAAAGAUGGUCGAGACUUGCCGUCUCUCGGGCCUCCCGGACCUCGACCAGUCCAACGCUUUCGUGCGCUCGUACCUCCUCAAGUGGAUCACCAAGCUCGUGACCGACUAUGGCUUUGACGGCGUUCGCGUCGACACCGUGCCUGAAGUCGCCAAGGACUUUUGGGCCGAGUUCAACAAGGCGGCCGGUGUCUUCCAGGUCGGCGAAGUCUUCAACGGCGACCCCAAGUACGUUGGUGGCUACCAGCCGUCGGUCAGCAGCGUCUUCAACUACCCAAUGUCCUUUACGAUCGGCGACGUCUUUGGCGCUGGCCAGAGCAUGAAGGCGAUCAAGAGCCGCGUGGACGCCAACAGCAACUACGCUGACCCGACCAUUCUCGGGUCGUUUGUCGACAACCACGACAACCCGCGUUUCAUGAACAAGUACCCGAACAAGCAGGCGCAGCUCCGGGCCGCGACCGUCUUUUCGCUCACGACCGAAGGCAUUCCGUUCGUGUACUAUGGCACCGAACAGUACUACGGCGGCGGCGUCGACCCGGCCAACCGCGAGUCGCUCUGGACCAACCUCGACACGACGUCCGACUUGUACAAAAUUCUCUCGGUUGUCCACCGCCAGCGCAAAAAGUCGCAGAUCUGGCUCUCGCCGUGGGUCGAGCGGUACGCAGCCGACAACUUUUACAGCUUUAGCCGCGGCGCCUUCCUCGUCGCGCUCACCAACUCGAACGCGCAGCAGCACGUCAAGGUGAGCUACCAUCCGUUCAAGGACGGCGACGUCGUCUGCAACAUCUUUUGGCCCAAGGACGACUGCCAAACGGUCGCGGGGGGCGUCGACGUGUACCUCAACAAUGGCGAGAGCAAGAUCUAUGUUCUCAAGUCCAUGCUCGCCUAAGUCUACGUUGUAUAAGCUUUUCAUACUGUC